AUGCCAUCCUACCUUCAAAAUUUGGUCUUGGCCACCCUGGCUGCCGGGCUCGUCUCGGCGGCUCCUACGCCGUCUCGCGUCUCGGACCUGACCAAGAAGUCGUCCUCCACCUGUACAUUCACAUCAGCAGCCAGUGCCAGUGCAAGCAAAUCCUCUUGCACCACCAUCGUGCUGAGCGACAUUGAGGUGCCUGCAGGCGAGACCCUCGAUCUGACCGACCUGACGGACGGAACCACGGUCAUCUUCGAGGGAACCACUACUUUCGGUUACGAAGAGUGGAGCGGCCCUCUUAUCAAGAUCUCUGGAUCUGAUAUCACCGUCGAGGCUGCCGAUGGUGCCGUCAUCAACGCCGACGGUUCUCGCUGGUGGGAUGGAGAGGGUACCAAUGGCGGCAAGACCAAGCCCAAGUUCUUCUAUGCCCACUCUUUGGACGACUCGACCAUAACUGGCCUCUCUAUCAAGAACACCCCUGUCCAGGCCUUCAGCAUCGAGUCUGAUAACCUUGUCAUUGACGGAGUUACGAUUGAUAACUCCGACGGUGACGACAAUGGUGGCCACAACACCGACGGUUUCGAUAUUAGCGAGUCCACCGGCGUUACCAUCAAGAACGCUGUUGUCAAGAACCAGGAUGACUGCAUUGCAAUCAACUCUGGCGAGAAUAUCUACUUCACCGGAGGAACCUGCUCUGGUGGCCACGGUCUUUCGAUCGGCUCAGUGGGCGGUCGGGACGACAACACCGUCAAAAACGUAACCAUCACUGACUCCACCGUGACUGAUUCCGCCAAUGGUGUUCGCAUCAAGACUGUUUACGAUGCCACUGGCUCCGUCAGCGAGGUGACUUUCUCCGACAUUACACUCUCUGGUAUCACCGACUACGGUAUUGUGAUUGAACAGGACUAUGAGAACGGCUCCCCAACUGGCACUCCUACCGACGGUGUUCCCAUCACGGACUUGACCAUUGACGGCAUCACUGGCUCCGUCGAGUCUGACGCAGUUGAAGUGUAUAUCCUCUGUGGUGACGAUAGCUGCAGCGACUGGACCUGGAGCGGUGUGGACAUCACUGGCGGAGAGACCAGUAGCAGCUGCGAGAACGUGCCCUCUGGCGCGUCUUGCUAA